CACUCAGGUAGUGGGGCCAUCACCCCAGAGACAGCCACUUGCCUCUUCCGCCCCAAGGGCAGAUACCAGGUGGAGGCUUUCAGAGAAAUUUGGGGCAGUGCUGGAGGGGACAAGACCCCAGGGCACGGGGUUUUCGGGGAGACAGUGGAUGAGGCAGAGGCCUGUGGUGGUUGGGCAUGGCCAGCACUAAUCCCACACCUGCUCCAGGAGAGAGUGGGGCCUCGGGCACAGCUAAGAAAAUAGGGAGCAGCAGCAUCUGUGUCCCAGGCCCUGCACUUUCCCUGUUCCUGCUCCUGCUGCUGCCACCUCCAUUGCUGAGCACAGGGAGCUUCCUGCACCGCCUCCCAGCUGGGAGAACUUUCCACCACGGCGCCAGGCACUACAGGAACAAAGUUGAUCUGAGAACCUGCGAUAGUGGCUUUAACCUCUUCUUCCUCCUGGACGCGUCAGAAACUGCAAAAGAAUACUGGGAAGAAUCACAGAGACUUGUGGAGGAAAUGCUGAAGAGGUUCACAAACCCAACCGUGAGGAUCGGCAUAGUCACCUACAAUUCACAGGGUGAGACCCAAUUGCCACUCACCAUACACAGAAAGAAAUUUGAAGAAGCUCUUAACAAUCUUAAGACAGUACAACUUUCAGGAGAAAACCUAUUGGAGACAGGAUUUGUAAAGGUAAAUGAGGACCUUCGAAAAGAGCAUCUCCUAAACCCGCGUAAGAGCAGCCUGAUUAUAGCGGUGACCACCGCGCCCCUGAAACCGUCAUCAAUACCGAUGAUCAAGGCCCAAGCUGAGGAGGCCUGGAGGAUGAAGGGCUCACUUUACUUCAUGACUUACAACGAUUAUAACAGAGAGCAGCUAGUAGACAUUACAGGAAGAGAAUCCCAGGUGUAUGCAACAAAGGGGCUCAAGAAAUUGGAUCUCGCUUAUCAAUCGCUUGUGGCCAAUACCUGUAUGAAAAUGAAUGCAGUCGGCGUUUACUUUGUCUGUUUGUUUGAUACCUAUGAUGUGGGAUUUGAGAGACAUGUCCCAGAUCCAAGCAACAUAGAGAACUUUGUUUGCGAAUAUACUUUGGAUGGCGAGGCUCUCCCCAAUAGAAGAGCAGAUGCUGUAACGCCACGCAGUAUAAUUUGCCCUGGAUUCGUAUUUGAGGAGGAAGAUCAGGAGCUCAUCGUGAGAUACAGCAUGGAUGCUGGAAUCACAUUCCAAGGCAACAUGGUUUUCCGCGGCACCAACUGUGAGGACCCAUUAAAGUCUGCAGAAAGAACCACGAUGCCCUCGAUGAUCACAUCUACAAUGACCACAAACACCACGACGACCACGUGGAUGCCCAUGAUGCCCAUUUCAACCACGACGACCACACAGACAACCACAACACCCACGACGACCAGGACAACCACGUGGAUGCCCAUGAUGCCCAUUUCAACCACGACGACCACACAGACAACCACAACACCCACAACGACCAGGUGGACAACCACAACACCCAUGACAGCCACGCAGACGAUCACAGUGUCCACCGUCACAUGGGAGAUGAUUGGGAAAGGAGUAGUCACACCAGAGUCCACAGGGCCCAUGGUUGUCACAGAAAAGCCAAUCCUUGACAAAUCUCUCUAUCCAGUGCUCGUCCCCACCCUGCUCAUCAUCCCGGUGGUUAUCUGCUGCAUCUGCUGCUGCACGAACACUGACAAGGAGCCACCACCAAUGGAGAUAAUAGAAAGGGAGUCAGACACGUGUAUGCAGAGAUGCACUCCAGUGAUCAUCCCUUGUUGUCCCUACCAGGAAGACAUGAGUCGCAUAGAGGACAAACUGGAUACCCUGUGUGACUUUGUUCAAAGCUGCAACCAGCUGCCAUUGAUGUGGUGUCAGCCUGGUGAGCAGGGUCAGUGUUUCAACUUCACCCCACUGAAGCCCCUCUGCAGGCAGUUGCCCUGCCUUCCACCCAACCAGGGAUGCUUCCCCCUCAACAUCUGCUGUGCACAGUGCCACUACCCCCCUACCAUAUACUCCCAGCCACCCUCCAUGACGCUGCCAUUGAUCUCUCCCCCUGCUGAGGCACUCUGCAGAACUACUUUGUCACUCCCACCCCCAUAGUCUUGCCUGUAAAGCCCCCAAAACCCAAGACUGUUAAGAGCCCUUUGUGUACUGAAUUGGACAUAUAUAAAAAGUCUUGAUAUAUGGUUAAAAGAGUUAGAAUUGUUGGUGAUCAACAAGAGAGUUUAUUUACCUGGUGAGCAUCACUCUAUUGUAUGAGAUGUGUCAGUAGUGUUCCUGCCAGGAAAAAGCACCUGGUCUAUGGAUGCAGACAUGAAUGUCUCCCACUCCCUGCAAGUUGGUCUUCAUCUGUCAUGAAGGGCCUGGAUGCAUGGGGUUUGGUACAAAUUUUCCUUUUUGAAAAAAGCCUGAAAUGUCUUUGAAAUAUGAAUAAAGCCUGU